AUGCAGUUCCGCACUGUCCUUGACGUUAAUGUAGUGGACGUGCAGAAGAGAAGGAAUCCCUCCAAACACUAUGUGUACCUGAUCAAUGUCACCUACUCAGACUCCACGUCCCAUGUCAUCUACCGGAGAUACAGCAAGUUCUUUGAUUUGCAGAUGCGAAUCCUUGACAAAUUCCCAAUUGAGGGAGGACAGAAGGACCCAAAAAAGAGAAUCAUUCCUUUUUUGCCAGGUAAAGUCUUGUUUCGCCGCAGUCACAUCCGAGAUGUCGCCGUCAGAAGGCUGAAACACCUGGAUAAUUAUUGCAAAGCUCUGAUGAAGCUUCCCUCCCACAUUUCCCAAAGUGAGGAGGUCCUUAAGUUCUUUGAAACCAACUCAGAGGACCUCAACCCUCCCACA